CCGACACCCUUCCCACUAGUCUUUGUUACCACUGACCUCCAAGAUCUCUUCUUGCUAUGCCAGACCGCAUCAUAGGCGGCUUUGACGCACUCCUUGCUGCUGUCGUUAUCGGUUUUGCACUCAGAAGUUACUUUGCGAAGCCGAAGCUGCCUCGUGGUGUGCGACUUCCACCAGGUCCGGCUCCGCUUCCGUUCCUGGGCAAUGUUCUAGCAAUCGAUGUGAGUACGCCUUGGGUUACUUACAAGACAUGGGGCAAUCAAUACGGCGAUUUGAUCUAUACCCGGCUUUUUGGCCAGGAUAACAUUAUUAUCAACUCUGAAGAAAUUGCAAGAGAACUCCUCGAAAAUAGGUCACACAACUACUCUGACCGGCCAGAGUUGGCAACCAGUGAACUAUUUGGCGUUGACUGGACUACUGCAUUCAUGCGGUACAGCAGCAGAUGGCGGAUUCAGCGAAAAAUCAUCCAGCAGUCCUUCCGCCAAGAUGUAGUACCUGAAUUCCGGCCUAUACAAGUUGCAAAAUCUCACGAACUGCUAUUAAACAUGCUUGAGGAUCCUUCGAACUACCCCAAACACCUUGACGUGUUGGCGGGUUCAGUCAUCAUGUCUACUGUGUACUCGUAUGAAGCAGCACGCCAUGAUGAUGACAUGAUUGAGCGUGCAACACACGCCCUUGAACUCUCAAUGAAAGAGAUGAGACCUGAGGUAGUUGCGGUAUUCUGUGCUUUCCCGUCCCUUCUACGCCUCCCGUCUUGGCUACCUGGCAUGCACCUCAAGAGAGUUGCGCCUUUGAUCAAGAGAUUGAUGAGGGAAAGCUUGGAGUUUCCAUUUGCGUUCACCGAGCGUGGCCUGGCUACAGGAUCCGUGUCUUCUUGCAUGGUCGUUGACCAUUUGCAGAAGCUCGAUGAAAGCAACACCGAUAUAACCUCGCAGAAGGAAGCGCUAAAGGAAUCUGCAGCAACCGUUUUUGGGGCUGGAACUGAGACGACAGCGGCUGUGUUGAUGAACUUCAUCCUUGUGAUGAUUCUCUAUCCAGACAUCCAAGAGAAAGCACAAAAACUUAUUGAGAACGUGGUUGGCUCAAAGAGACUGCCGACGUUCCAGGAUCGUCCAUCGUUAUCCUACAUCGAUGCCAUUUUGCGCGAGUGCCAGCGGUGGCGCCCAGUGUUCCCCCUAGCGAUCAUGCAUGCUACCGUCGACAGCGACAUUUACAAUGGUUUCUAUAUACCCAAAGGCGCUACGAUCACUCCGAAUAUUUGGGCAAUGUGUCACAACGAAGCGAAAUACCCCAAUCCGGAUGAAUUCAACCCUGAUCGGUUCCUCAAUGCGGACGGUACUCUGACAGACGAUGCCGUGAGUUUCGUCUGGGGAUUCGGACGACGUAUAUGCCCUGGUCGCUUCCUUGCCGAAGUUUCUUUAUGGUCUGCAGCUGUCGGCUUGCUCUCGGUGUUCAAAUUCGAAAAGGCCAAAGAUGAGAAUGGGAGAGAGAUCGAGGUUAUUCCGGGUUGGCAUGGAGGGCUUAGUGUGAGGCCCAAUCGAUUCCCUUGCAGUAUCACUCCUCGUGAUGCGAGCAUGGAUGUCUCGGCUUUGCAGCAUUUGAUCCGAGUAUCUGUUUAACUUGCCCGGCUUUAUUUAGAUGAGCACGAGGGAAGGGUGUAAUAGCAUCCUCCCGUUGCGUUAUUGAAUGUCAUUGUUCGUUGCCCUACUAUAUACAUGGUUUGUCUGUUCCAAGGUAUGAGUGCCACGGAAUGGCGACCAGGAAGACGCUCUCGGGAACUGCCGCAGCGUUUUGCAUUGAGCCGCCAUUAAUAUUGUUCUGUCAGUGAACCCAAUUCAGGCGUGUGUAAUGUGUCCAUCACCACGGAGAAGCCAC